AUGGAGCCACAGAAUGUAACAAAUCCUGUGACGGAAUUUGUCCUCCUGGGCUUCAACCACAGUCUUAAGAUUCAGCAAUUCCUCUUCAUGGUCUUCUUCAUUGUUUACCUGAUGACCUGCUUGGGAAACAUCACCAUCCUCACCACUGUUAUCAGUGACUACCACUUGCACACACCCAUGUACUUCUUCCUGGCCAACUUAGCAUUCACAGAUAUCACUGAAUCAUCAGUAAAUACUCCCAUUCUAUUGUCAGGUCUCCUCUCCCAGCACAAAACUGUUCCAUUCAAGGAGUGCAUCCUUCACAUGUUUUUCUUCCACUUCAUUGGUGGUGCUCAUAUCUUCCUUCUCGCAGUGAUGGCAGCUGAUCGGUAUGUAGCUAUCCAUAAGCCCUUGCAGUACUUGACAAUAAUGAACCGUGAAGUGUGUUUAGGUCUAGUUGCAGGCUCAUGGGCAGGUGGAUUCAUUCACUCUGCAACACAGAUUGCUCUGCUUCUCCCUUUACCUUACUGUGGUCCUAAUACUCUGGACAAUUUCCACUGUGAUGUCCCACAAGUACUGAAAGUGGCCUGCAUUGACACCUACCUGACAGAGCUGCUGAUGGUCUCAAAUGGUGGACUGCUCCUCAUAGUAAUUUUUGUCUGGCUGCUCAUUUCAUACACUGUCAUUUUAGUCAAGAUAAGGAGGCAAGUCACCAAAGGAAAGCACAAAGCUUUGUCUACCUGCAUAGCCCAGAUAACGGCAAUAAGCAUAACAUUCAUUCCAGGAAUAUUCAUCUAUGCUCGGCCCUUCAAGACAUUUGAACUGGACAAAGUGGCCUCCAUCUUCUUCAUUGUGCUUGUUCCAGUGCUGAAUCCCAUGGUCUACACCCUGAGAAAUGCUGAAAUGAAAAAGGCCAUCAGGAGACUUGUUUCUAGGGUUCUGUUCUCAGGAGAAAAGGGAAUAGCUUAA